AUGUAUGUGAAAUGUUUUGAAACAGUAAUGUUUUACUAUGUGAUUUUAGUGUAUUAGUGAAUGUCAGUUUUUAAAAUUUUCACAUUUCCUGCCGGUUCCGGCCCCCGUACAUCUUGUACGUCCCGACGCUCGCAGGGACCGGAACAUGGAAGACGGAUGCCGGCAUCGGCCGGAGGAGAUGGCUGGGGACGCUGCAAGGGACACAUCGCGGGAGCGCAGGACAAGGUAAGUGCUGCAGGGAAUCCUUGGGCAACUCUGCAAGGUAUUCCCGAGUGUAGCUCGGGGUUUCCACUUUUGCUACACUCAGGAAUACCGCCAGGGAGGUUAAGGAAA